ACAGUGCGACCACCUGCGCUUGAAUACUGGUAAAGGCGGUGGCUGUCCAGGCGUGCGGAGCUGAAGAAAAAAAACAACAAGAAUACAAGACGCGGAGACUCGGAGCAUCUGUGCAGCUACACCGCCUGAAACCUCAAACCCCCCCGCCUGCAAGGCAUGUCGACCGCCGGGGAAGUGCCAGCCUUCUUCAAGAGCAUGGGCUCUGACAGCCCUGCCAGGCCCCGGCAGAAAUUCUGUGGCGUUUUCUGCCCGGUGGAAGGCUCCUCGGACAGCAAGACCCUGGACUUUGAUGCUCUCUCGGCGUGCAGAGGCAAGAGUGACGGGCGAGUCAUUGACCGGCAGACCGACAUCUCCCAGCCGAGGAGGGUGGAGAUAAGGGAGAGCACGGGGAAAGAAGCUCUACAGAAUCUGGAUGAUAAAAGGAGCGACCGUCUCCUGAUCAAAGGAGCGAAGAUUGUGAACGAUGACCAGUCCUUCUGUGCUGACAUCUAUAUGGAGGAUGGAGUCAUCAAACAAAUUGGGGAAAACCUCAUUGUGCCCGGCGGGGUAAAAACCAUCGACGCCCACGGUCGCAUGUUGAUGCCGGGCGGCAUCGAUGUGCACACGCGUUUCCAGAUGCCUGAUCGAGGCAUGACGGCUGCUGAUGAUUUCUACCAGGGCACCAAGGCAGCGCUGGCAGGAGGCACCACGAUGAUCAUUGACCAUGUGGUACCUGAGCCAGGCUUCAGCCUCAUCUCUGCCUUCGAGCAGUGGCGUGAGUGGGCUGACAGCAAGUCCUGCUGCGACUACUCGCUGCAUAUCGACAUCACCGAGUGGCACAGAGGCAUCCAGGAGGAGAUGGAGGCGCUUGUGAAGGAUCACGGUGUCAACUCUUUCCUGGUCUAUCUGGCUUAUAAGGAUGUUUUCCAGCUUAGUGACGCUCAGGUGUACGAGGUGUUCAGUGUGAUCCGUGAUCUGGGAGCCAUCGCCCAGGUGCACGCUGAGAAUGGAGACAUUGUAGCUGAGGAGCAGCGUCGGAUCCUGGAGCAGGGGAUCACUGGCCCUGAGGGACAUGUGUUGAGCCGUCCUGAGGAGGUGGAGGCUGAGGCUGUAAACCGCUCUGUGACUGUGGCAAAUCAGACCAACUGCCCUCUGUACAUCACCAAGGUGAUGAGCAAAAGUGCUGCUGAUGUCAUUGCUCAAGCCAGGAAGAAAGGCACUGUGGUCUAUGGAGAGCCAAUCACUGCAAGCUUGGGAACAGACGGGUCACACUACUGGAGCAAGAACUGGGCCAAGGCAGCUGCCUACGUCACCUCCCCUCCCUUGAGCCCUGACCCAACCACACCGGACUAUCUCAACUCCCUGCUCUCUUGUGGUGAUCUGCAGGUGACAGGAAGUGCGCACUGUCCCUUCAACACCGCCCAGCGUGCUGUGGGCAAAGAUGACUUCAGCUUGAUUCCUGAAGGCGUCAAUGGCACCGAGGAGAGGAUGUCCAUCAUCUGGGACAAGUGUGUGGUGACGGGUAAGAUGGACGAAAACCAGUUUGUGGCUGUGACCAGUACCAAUGCUGCCAAGAUCUUCAACCUGUACCCCCGCAAGGGUCGUAUUGCUGUGGGUUCAGAUGCUGACUUGGUGCUGUGGGACCCAGACAUCACAAAGAUUAUCUCCGCCAAGAGCCACAACUCGACUGUGGAGUACAACAUCUUUGAAGGCACAGAGGUGCGUGGCGGGCCUCUGGUGGUGAUCAGCCAGGGCAAGAUUGUCUUGGAGGAAGGGACCCUCCAUACCACCGAGGGCUCAGGACGCUAUGUGGCUCGCAAACCUUUCCCUGACUACGUCUACAAGAGGAUAAAAGCUCGCAGCAGGCUGGCUGAGCUGAGGGGUGUACCCAGGGGACUGUAUGAUGGUCCAGUCUGUGAGGUGUCAGUCACCCCUAAAACCAUGACUCCCGCCUCAUCUGCGAAGACCUCACCUGCCAAGCAGCCGAACCAGCCUGUCCGUAACCUACACCAGUCUGGCUUCAGCCUAUCCGGUGCUCAGAUUGAUGACAACGUUCCCCGCCGGAACACCCAGCGCAUUGUGGCGCCACCAGGUGGCAGGGCUAACAUCACCAGCCUGGGUUAGAGCUCCACCCUUGGCUGCUGAGGAAGAAGCGAAAGUUUGAGGAAGGACGGCCAACAGGAGCUGAGGGGGUCAGGAAACCACGUUGACACCGAGGGCCCGAACCCUUCACAGCAACUGACCGAGCCAUCUGUCAGCCUCAAUCUUUCAACUCCUCCUUUGCCGCUUUUUCACGUUCCCACUCCCCUCUUUUCCCAAAACCAGAUCCUAGAGGACACAGUUAAAAACAAACAAAAAAAAAGGUCUGCCUCAUAUGAUGAAAAAAAGAGAAAAAAUGAAAACACUCCUUAUUUGAGCACUUUUACUGCAUUAUUUAGUUUUUUUUUAUACUGUACUUUCUCCCUGCCAUGUAUUCUUUUGAUGUUUGUUUUACUGUUGUUUUAAUUGAGGGGUCGAGUGAGACUAAACUGAAUUAAUACAGUAAGAAAAGAGGAUACUUUUAAUGCAGGAUGUCCAUUGUACUUUUCAUUAUUUCCUUUUAUUUCACUUUAGUUUAAAUGGAGCAUGGGUACAAAAUCAGUAUUGUUAUCUUCUCUUGCAUUUAAAUAGGCCAAACAGCAGGUUGCUUAAAAUUUGAGUCUUACAGUUUAUUCAGCUGACAAGAAUCUAAUACUUCCUUCAAGCUGUUGAUGAUCUGUGUAUUAUGUUGCAUUUCAAUCGCUUCGCUUCCCAGUGUACUGCCAUCUGUCACACACUGCUACAAUCAAUAUCUAAUUGAUUAUUCGCCAUGAAGGCGGCCUUAUGAUUUGAAAAAUUGAACAACACAGCAACCUUUUAUUUAGCAAUCUAUAUUUGACAACCCAGGGUAAUACACUCUUGCUGCACUGGCUCUCAUCUCAUGUUUUCCCACCUGUGGCUUUGCUGAGGUACAUAAGUAAGAAACCAUAUUUCAUAUUUGGCAGCUGCCUUAGAGCUUGUGGGUCGGCGGGAAAGUCCUGUGGAGCAGAGGGAGCUUUGGCAGGUAGUAAGUAAAUAGAGCUUUAUGCCUCAUCUCCGUGUGUUAGGCCAUCAUCAAGUAGGAGAAAGGGUAAUUGAAGGAAAGAUUUAGUGAGGAAAGAGAAAGUUGUACUCGCUGUCACGUCGAACUCAGCCUUUCCUUGCCUUAUUGUCGCUUACGCCGUCCUUUUAGAGAACUUUUAGAAGUGCUUGGAAGGUGCCAUUCACUAAGCAGCUACAUAUUUUCUAGUUUGUUUGCAUUCAUGUGUAUCACAAAGGUCCAAAUUUUCAAUUGAUAGCUGUUGAAGCAUCAUAACCGUCCGUCACCAACCAGUGCAUUUACGUACAGAAUGUUGCUCCUCCUCCAAAUGUGACUAUUUUAUACUCAUCAAAAUCCCUCUUUCCUUUCUACUCUUUAUGUGCCUGAACCCACAGAAGUUGUAUUGAUAGUUAGAUUAUGUUUUUGUUUUGUUAUUCUUAUUGAGGUAAGUGAAGGAUGUAAGAUAAAAAGAUGUAAAAUAGCCAGGAUUAACCGAUUCAAAGGUGCCAGAUUUUGCGCUUUCAUUGGGCCUAUUCUGCCGGUAGAGCCCCUGUAAAGACGAAAAAUGCUCGAUAUCUUGAAAUGUUCUAAUGUUUUAGAGUUUUUAACUUGUUGUCAAACUGCUUUUUAGUGUCAUUCUGUAACUAGGUGCCUAAGGGCUGAGCACUAUUGAUUUACGCUUGAAAGUAGACAUGAGCUAAUGUA